GGAUUUUUAAAUGGUACAGGCAUGACCACCUCGUGUAGUAGUAGUGCAUUUAAAAAAGGUCUAGAAUUUGGUGUUCCAUCGUUAGCACGCUCUAAUAAAUCUACAGAGUACAAAGAUGAAGAAGAUAAAACUAACCCAGAAGAACUUGUUGCCGCUGCCCAUUCUUCAUGCUUCACUAUGACAUUGGCUGGUGUAUUAAGUGCCCACAAUAUUUCAGCAAAGGAAAUCGAUACCAAAGGAACCCUUACACUUUCAAAAAACCCAACAGGCUUUUCAGUUUCUAGUAUCCAUCUUAAUUGUUCUGGAAAAAUUCCAAACCUUGAUGAAAAGAAAUUUAAAGAAUAUGCUGAAAUUGCUAAAAAGAAUUGUCCAAUGUCCAAGUUAUUUAAAGAUAACUGUGAAAUUACUCUAUCCACAAAUUUAAUUAAAUAAAAUAAAUUUAAUUAAAAAAAAAUGGGUAAUGAAUAAUUGGUUUUUAUAUUAUAUUUAAAUAAAUAUAAUUGAAUAAUUGGUUUUAUUUAAAUAUUUUUAAUU